AUGAGCGAGGUGGAAACCGCUGAGACAGCGAGCAUAGCAGACAGGCUGAGGGCUCAGUAUGCAUCGCUGCCUGUGGAUAGCGAUUCCGUACUGGACUAUGUCUUAGUGUCGAAGCUGGCUACCAACUUAGCCUGUAUCAGGGAACAAACAGUAGCGAGAGAACUGCAAGAUGGCUCUGGCUCAGAGGAUUAUGACAAGGAGUUGGGAAAGCUGGAACUAGACACCCUCCACAAACUUUACAGGUACCGGAAGGGCCUGAUAAGCCUGUACAACGAGCAGAAGGAGGCCAAGGCACGGAGACGGUACAGCGUAGAUUUUGAUAGCGCAGACCCAAGGCUAGACGAAGAGAGCGAGGCGAUCGGAGACACAGGCCAGCUGAACGGCGACGACGACUCCCUGCAGCAGCUGCGGCAGCGGCUGAUCGGUGGCCAAGAGGGAAAAGAGGACAGAGAAGCGCUCGAGAAGCAGAUGCAAGUACAAGACGAUGUGCAGCGUGAACUGGUUUCAGACAUGGCACAGCUCGUUACCAGCUUGAGGCGUGGAGCAGAAGCGUUCCAGAACGCGCUGGCCGAGGACUCCACUGUCCUCCGGGCCACAGAGCUCGGCCUGCAGGCGACCUCACAGAGCCUGUCCACCCUGGGUACGAAGCUGAAGAAAUACAACCGUUCCCGCGUGGGCUUCUUCUUCUACAUGGGAUGUGCGUUCUUUAUCAUCAUGAGCUUGCUAGUAACGUACUUGAUUAUCAGGAUCUUCCCCAAAAUGUGA